AUGGCCGUGCUGAAGGUCGUUUUCUUCGUGUGGUCGGUGUCUGUUGUUUACGAGUCACACGUCGGCUGCAUGAUUCCUGUUAAGACUGUAGCUGCCGUGGUGACGUCGCUACAAGAACAAAUUCACUUUGGCUGUGCCUACGUCACAUACUCCGGCAAAGAAGCAGAAUGGCUGCAACAAUCAAGAUUUCUUGUGGAAUUCCGUAAAGGACUACGAAGUAAUCUCCAGCUGGGAUUUCUGCCUGACACCCACCAAACAGAGUUCCUACACAAGUGUCCGAGUUCGCCGCUGCUGGUCGUGCCAGACACUCAGCUGCUGCUCCAGGAGUCCCAUCUCAAGGAAUUGUUGGUGAAGCGGCAGUCAGAAUUCACGUGGCUGCUGUUACUGAACGAUGGAAACACAGACGCCGCGCUUUCAGCUGUCCACAUUGAGUUCGACUCCCAAUUUUUCGUCAUUUUCCCGUCGACAAAUGCCACUGUCGACAUCUUGGAGGCAUACAGAGUGGCGAAUGGUUAUCCGUUGGUGAUUAAGAAGUUCUGCACGUGGGACCACAGCACAGGCCUCGCUUGCACAACAGAGAGCGUCAGGAGCAGACGGAACGACCUGAUGGGUUACGAAAUGAAGACAGGAGUGGUCGAGGAGUGGCCGGACGUGUACGACCUGGACAACACAACUUGCAGCGGAUAUCUGUGUGAUAUUUGGGACAUCCUGUCAAGGAAAAUAAAUUUCACGUACCGUCUGCAGGAGACGACGUUAUAUGGGUCCCGCUGCGCCAACGGCACGUGGAACGGCAUCGUGGGUCGUGUGGCGAGCGGUGAGUUGGAUGUCGGCCUGUCCACCAUGAUGGUCACCCCGUCGCGCCAUGAAGUGAUCGACUUCUCAGUGCCGUUCUUCUUCACAAGGGAGCAUCUGUAUAUCCGAGAGCCUGAGGAGGAGCAGUUCGAGUGGGAAGGUUUCCGGCGCCCCUUCGAUGGCCGCCUCUGCGUCUGCACCUUUGCCCUAAUGUUGGUCGUCUGGGCCGUCCUCAGGGUGCACCGGAGGUUUACGGAGACUGGCAGAAACCCUCUGGACGGGGGGCGAGUCUACAGCGACUUCCUGCACGUCAUCGGAAUAUUCUGCAUGCAAGGGUGUGCCACGGCAACUCGCGACAGCGUGCGGGUGUGCCUGCUGGUGGCGUCGACCUCUGCGCUGGUGGUGUACACGGCCUACUGCGGCGCCCUCACGGCCUCGCUGGCCACCCACCAGCCGCGGCUGCCCUUCACCGACCUAAAGGGCCUGCUGCAGGACGGCUCCUACAAGCUGUUGCUGCUCGCCGGAUCCGGAGAGAUGACUCUUUUCGCAGAUUCAGAAGAGUCUGUCACCAGACAGAUAUACAAUAAAAUCGUGGUGAAGGAGAACAUGCCAGAACACCCGACACAAGCGUUCGACCGGCUGUGCAGCACAGACAAGCACGCGUUCCUGUCUCACCUGGUAGAGUUUAGGCUGCACGAGGAUUCCCUGAAAUGUACCGUGACGACCACCCAGGAGUACAUUAGCACACAGCUGGCAAUUGCUUUCAAAAAGAGAAGUCCUUACCGCGAAAUCAUCAACUACCACCUGCUGAAGCUGUACACGGAGGGCGUGGUGCCGCGACUGAUACGGAAGCACUGGCCGCUGAGCGCGAUGGAGCCACAGCAGCUGCGGCAGCUACAGCCGCUGCGGGUCCAGUCCUGGCGGCCGGUCGACAUAGCGCCGGUGGCGCCGCUGCUUCUGGGUUGA